AUGGCCUCCCUGGGCGGAAAAGAGGCCUUUGGGGUCUCUCCGGGCUUUCCGCGCGAGGCGCUGGCCGGCGUAAGCCCCUGGCCGGCGGCUCGGCGCUUCCGAGCCUUCCAGGCAGUGCUGGACGGCGGCGGGCGGGAGAUGGUCACGCAGCUUCUGGACAUGUAUCCAGAUGAGCAGCUGGUGCUGCUCGAGAUUGGCGGUUUCCUCGGCGGGUCGAUGCGGCGGUGGCUCCAGCAUGCCCCGAACUUGAUGGCAGUUCUUCUCGAAAGGGACUAUUUCGGCCAGUCCGGCAAGGAGCUGGCCGACACGGUGCAGAGCCUCAGCUUGCAGAACCGGGAACUAGGCGGAGUUCUGGGAUGCUGUGAGGAGGCCUUGGACUCUCUGGAGAACAUGCGCCAACUUGACGGCGGGGCGCACACGCUCUUUUCAAACCUCUGGGAUUUCCGAGAGCGCCUGGUGAUCAACUUCAAAGGCUUCCCUUUGGGACUCCUGGAGGUCCAUCGGCUCGGCUUGAUUCCUGACCUUGUCUACAUUGACACCGACAAGUACAUGGACGAACUGUGGGUCGCGCACGCGCUCUGGCCUGGUGCACUGCUAGCAGGUGAUGACUGGACGUGGGAAAAAGCCCGGGCUGUGGUCAUGCGUUUCGUGCGAAAGUUCAACUACACACUUCGCGUCUCCGCCGAAACUUGGGUCGUCUUCGCUCCGAGCACCGCACGGCCCCGGUGGCGGACCCCACCAAUCCGACCACGUGGCGUGGCCCAGAAGCAUUGGGACCUACCCUGGCUCAACGUAUAG